AUGACUUCAACAAUCUCGUCGCUGUUUGGUUACAAACCAGAUGACUACAGAGCACCAAAGGCCCCAGCCGAACCCGUCAAAGCUCUCCCGGCUUCUUGGUACCGUUCGCCAGAGAUGUAUGAGUUAGAGAGAAGGGCCAUCUUCUCGAAGAAAUGGAUUUUGAUUACUCACAAAUUGCGUUUCGAAAAGCCAGGAGACUUCUAUCGCUUUGAGAUGGCUGGUUUUUCAUUUGUGCUUUGUCUCAACCGCCAGGGGAACUUGACCGGCUUCCACAACAUAUGCCGGCAUCGUGCAUUUCCCCUUGUCUCCCAAGAUGAGGGCAAUUUCCCGAUCCUUUCUUGCAAGUAUCAUGGAUGGUCAUAUGGACUCGAUGGAAAAUUGACCAAAGCGCCCAAAUUUGACGACGUGCCAGGAUUCAAGAAAGAGGAACAGAGCCUAUUCCCAGUUCAUAUUCAUGUUGACGCACUAGGUUUUAUCUGGGUUAAUCUCGACUCCUCCCCAACACCAAUCCCUUGGGAAGACGAUUUCCAAGGUGUCGACACACAAGAAAGAUUCGGGCAAUUUGAUUUCGGCCGGUAUAAAUUCGACCACACAUGGCACAUGAAUGGAAACUACAACUGGAAAGCCUUGGCAGACAACUACAAUGAAUGUUAUCAUUGCUCUGUGGCUCACCCGGACGUGGCAAAGCUGGCAGACCUGUCAUACUACUACACCGUCUCGAAAGCUGGACACAUCCAGCAUUUCUCCCGUCCGAAGCAAGACAAAGUGAAAGAUGACAUCAAGAAUGCCAGCACGUAUUAUUUCCCAAAUGCUUGCAUGACAGUUUCACCGCACUUUUUCUAUCUGAUGCGAUGCGUUCCAACUUCGGCAGGGACUUGUUCCAUGGAAUAUGAGGUCUAUCGGCAUCAGCAAGCAUCUGAUGAAGACUUCAAGUACAUUGAUUCAUUCUUCAAGCGUGUUUUAAACGAAGACAAACAUCUUUGCAAUGCAGCUCAAAAGAACCUAGAUGCUGGAAUAUUUGUCAAUGGGCAACUUCAUCCAGACCUCGAGAGCGCUCCUUUAUUCUUCCAAAACACCGUGAGGGGCCUUCUCAGGAACCAUCGAGACGAGGAAAAGCGCCAGAACAAGGAACUUUGGCCAGCUCGCCAGAGCUCCCCGGGCUCAGCCACUACCGAGGAUAUUGAAUUCUGUGCGGAACUAACAUGUAGUGGGAAAUACGGUAAUCUUGAAUGGUAG